UAGCUAAAGGUCGAUACAAAGGUGUAUUUACAUGACUUUAGUCUACGUACAUGUUAAAAUGUCCAUUCUUAAAUAGUUUUUUGCCUUAGGAAAGGUGUGUUUUAAAAUGCUUAGAUGAAUUUGGUAGUUUACUGUGUGCAUGGACAAUCUCCUUCCCGUUCGCAUCGUCACACUUCCGAGGCUACUUGAAGCAUGCCACCUACGAGCUCUUAGUAUGUAGGCCAUUGUGAAAUUUUCUAGCUAUAAGAAACAUAUUUUUCGAGGGAGCGAACCGCGAGGAAAGGCACGAAGUGUCCCCUCGUGUGGGACUGCUGCUUGGCGGUGUCUGGGUGUACUGCAGCUGUGCAUUGCUAUGCGGUGGGUGGCAUUCAGUGACAUGUUCAUCAUGGAGGAAUAACAGGUACCUGCCGUUGAAGAAACAGCACCAACGCAUCCGGAAUUCAGCUCUGGACACAAAUCCACUGUUUUAGAUUUUAAAGAAGAAAGUAAGAGUAAGAAAAAAACAACAUGAAGCAUUUUCUAAGGGUGCUGACCCAGUUCUUCCUGUUCCUUUACUGCAAGUUUCUGUGGCGGACCCUCAAGUUUGUGACCCGAAAGGUCACAGGGCGAUGCGAGCUUCAGCGCAUCUGCUACAGCAACAAACCAGGAGCCCGCAGGACCCUCAAGAUAGAGUCCUCGCUCAAGUUCUCCAAGAGUGAGCUCCUGCAGUCUGCAGUGAGCUCCCAUCCAGAUGCUGUUGAAAAGGUCAUCGAUGACAUCAUGACUCUGAAGAAGAUCAACCCUGAUGCAAACCCACAGCUGGGUAUCUCUCUACAGGGUAGUCUUCUUCAAAUUGUGGGCUACAGGAAUCUGGUGGUGGAUGUGGAAAAACUGCGCAGAGAGCCGUAUGACUGUGAGAACACUGAGCAUGAGGACAUGCUGCUUAAGCUGUGGAAGACUCUGCGUCCAGAUGCUCCUCUGACUGGGCGCAUAUCUAAGCAGUGGUGUGAAAUUGGUUUCCAAGGCAGCGACCCAAAGACCGACUUCAGGGGCAUGGGCCUACUGGGCCUGCACAACCUGUUAUACUUCGCGGAACACGACAAGGCCACAGCCCUGCAGGUGCUUCAUGACUCCCUUCAACCGAAGCACAGCAAAAUGAGCAAAGCCGACUGGGAGAAGAAGACAUUUGACAAAGCAAUAGGGUACUCCUUUGCCAUCGUUGGCAUCAACAUUACAGACCUGGCGUACUCGCUGCUGGUGAGCGGGGCCUUGAAGACCCAUCUGUACAACGUUGCACCAGAGAUGCCCAGUCUGGUACACUUCCAGCAGACCUUCUGUUACCUAAUGCAGGAGUUCCACAAGUUCUGGAUUGAGCAGGAUCCCUGUGACAUCAUGGAAUUCAACCGCAUCCGAGACAAGUUCCACAAGAGGGUCCUGAAGCAGCUGAAGAAUCACAACAUGGCUCUCUGCCCCCACUUUGCUGCUUCGGAUCUUCACCUGGUCAACCUGUAGUCACCUCAGCCUCAGACCCCAGACCCCAGACCCCAAACCCCCGGCCUCCUCUGUCCUGCCAGCUGCGUCACAUCACUGCCACCUGCUCAGCCCCACCCUAACCCGUUCUCUUCAACAGCCCAACACCCUCUCCCCCUGCACAACGCCACCAGCACUACUGAAGACCAUGGCGAUUGUACACAUACAGGACAAAAUUGCAAGCAUGACUCCACUGUGUCAGUAGCAUGGCACAUCACUAGAAUCAAUCACACAGCACACAGCCCUGCUCUCAUGCUUGUACAUACUUGGCCAAAUCAAGCAGUUCGUUGUUCUGCAAGAUGUUAACCUUUGAGUGCUGAUGCUAUUCAACUUAACAAAUUUAUCGGUAAACACAAUCUCUCUAUCUAUCUAUCUGUUUAUAUUGAGAGGGGAAGAGAAAAUGAGAGAAGCUAAAAAGAAUCCAUUUUGAUAACAGGAACUUGUGGAUGUUACAUUGU